UACUGCGUGUAUUCAAUUAUAUUUAUUCUGGACGCAGAUUGCAUUGGCUCUGAGUUCAACGUUAGGGGAUCUAUGUGUUGCCCUAACUGCCGCGAGAUAGAAUAUGGCAAUUGGCAUUUUCCAGAGGGUGAGGGAGCUCAUGAAGAGUAUGACGAGGAAGUGAGUGACGAUGAAGAAGAAGAACCUGAACUGUUGCCUGGCGAACAGGCAGUGGAGUUACGCUUUUGUCCACCUGUGGAAGUGGAAACUCAAGUUGCUAGGGAUAUAAGUGAAAAUCGGGCUACUAUUACGAGCUUCCCACCAAGGGUAUUCGUGUUGAUGGGGUGUGCAGAACACUGCCCAAGUUCAUCUCAAGGCUGUACAAGAACUUGUAGUUCUACUCCCUUAACGCCCAUACAUCUCUAGUAUCAGCAGACUGUUAUGAAUGUCAUUGUCAAUGCUCCUACAACUAUUGUUAUCAACAGGAAUAAUACCUACUCUGGAAAU